AUGUCCAACCCCAUUGCGACAGUGAUUCUCGUUUUCACCCUUAUGGGAUAUGGCUGCGUGGCUCUUGACAGAAACGAGUUUAAAAGAUCACUAUCAAGGAACUGUGACGAUUCUUACUCACUCACGUGCCUAAAGUUGGAUGUAGUGUCUUGGGUGGAUAAGUUAAGUGACAACGAAGAUAUCACAGUGCUGCCCGGAGUAUCUUUGGUGCGCGAAAACUCUAGUGUUAAAGCGAACAAUGGUGAUUUAGUGUCCGAGGUGGCUCGCGAGUUUCCCGAUGACCCGAACGCCCGAUUGGAUGCCUACAUGAUGAGGAAAAUCACCGGGUUCCUUGACAAUCACUCGGUGAAACUCAACCUGGGGACAACUGAACCCGGUGACUCCGUUGGAAGUGCCCGUAAGAAGGACAAGAAGGGAGAUGGAGGCUUAGGGAUGAUCCUGGCGGCUGGUGCCAUGAUGAAAGGAACCUUGAUGGCAAUCGCUUUGGGAGGUAUCGCAUUAAUUGCAGGGAAAGCUUUGAUGACCGGACUGAUUUCGUUGCUGCUGUCCGCCAUUGUUGGCUUAAAGUCGCUCUCUGGAGGUGGCGGAGGACAUUCGACUUAUGAAGUUAUCGCUAAGCCGGUCUAUACUUCCUCGCACAGUCACUCGACUUCGCAUGAAGGUUGGGAUGGAGGUUAUGGAGGAGGACACGGACGGAGUUUGGAGCAGGCGCCGCUUCCUAUGGGUUUGCAGGCUGGGUACAAGCCUCCGCAGUAGUUUGAUAGUUGUG